UGCAGUCAUUGUCCCAUGUCCUUCAAUUAUCCUUCUGCCCUAAAGGCGCACUUGAGGACCCAUACAGGGGAGAAGCCCUUCGCCUGUGACGAGUGCGGCAAGAGCUUCCACCAUCUGAUUCAGCUGCAGCAGCACGAGAGAACACACACAGGGGAGAAGCCUUUUGCCUGCCCGCACUGUGGGAAGGCCUUCUCUCGACUUCUGGCGAUGAAGAAUCACCUG